AUGCCGGAUCUUGACAAACAUAAAGGUUUGUGUGCUAUUUUGCCUCCUCCUCCUAUUUUCAAGCCCACGUUUAUUCAAAUGCAGAGCAAUUCUUCUGAAAGAAGUCCUAGAUUGUCACCAAGAAGUACCGGUCCUUCUGUUUCUCCCUCUGGUAUACCUAGUAUGACUCUAAAUUCGAAUUACCUCACAUCUUCUUUUGUCUCGAAUGAAGAAUACAACAAUAUAUUUAUUAGGGAUUCUCCUUCAAUUUCUCCUAUGAUUUAUCACAUAGAUCCGCCAGCUUCCAAUGUCUCCAUUCCACUGAUAGCAAGCAACAAUCGGAAUCAUACCAGAAAAAAAAGAAGAUCGUCGCAGGUCUCCACCAAGGUGGCUACGGAAAAGAAACAUAAAAAGUUGAAGACUCAGCACUCUUUAAUUGAGAAGAAAAGACGGAUAAAGAUGAACAGAGAAUUUGAAGCUCUCAAAUUUAUGGUUCCUGCUUGCAGACUUAAUAUUUUGAAUGGCUUGUGUGAAAAUAGUUUUGAAGACUUGAAUAUGAUACACAAGCUCACUAUUCUCCAGUCGACCGUCGAAUACAUUAAAUAUCUCCAUCUGAUGAUCAAACUUUUGAAGUUACAAAUGCUCACACCUGCUGAGACUAGAUCCCUGUUUAAGAGAUGGUUCGAGCGGAACGAAAGCUUAAACUUUGUAGAUUUUGAUUUGGAUCUCCAGAACUACAGGAAUAUCGAUCAUGAGUUUCAUUUUAAAAAAUUGUUUUUAGAGAUCUGGAGAAACGAUGGCGAAGUUCCAUCUGACAGAAUAGAUCUCAUUUCUCAAGAAAUUAUUUCCAUUAUGAAAGGAAACGACCACAACCCGGAUAGUGAUGCUAGCAAGAAAUCAAAAGAAGAACGGAAAUAUGACGCAGAAAGGGAAGAAGAAAACAAUAUGCAGCGUAAUGGAGAUGAUAGCAUGAACUCUAACGCACCUCUGACGUUACCAACGUCUCCUCCUCAGACAAUUCACAGUCCCAGAGAUUAUCUUUUCAAUGAACGCAGUAACUUCUCAUCAUUUUCUUCUAUACGGAGUGCGCAUAGGGUGGAAACGUUUACCCCACAGAUUUCGUUCGAAAGAGGAACUAGAUCUGACCAGGAAGCGCUUCUACCCUCGUUUGAAUUACCUCUUCCUGCCAUUAUUAGCAGUUCUGAGUUUCCUCAAUCAUUAAAUUCCAGCGUCAGUUCACCCUUGGUGUCAGAAUCAUGUCAAAUGCAUGCUAUCUCAUCCCCGAUGAAGAGCUUCUUUGAAGAAAUCCAUGAGGUUGAACCUACAAGGCCAAGCGGUCAGGCCAUGCAAGCCGCAACAACAGUAUCUGCCAACUCACCAGCUUCAACUACUGUAGCUGUGGCAUCGGGUCUUUCAGUAUCUUUGAAGGAGAGAGAUGGAAGGUUUAGUAUUAAAAGCUUACUAAACUGA